AUGCUUGCAUUGGACGGCGUGAACAGGCAGGCUGGAGAUGAGUUGCGAUCUAGAUUACCGUGCUCUUUCAACACCUAUGUGAUCCUCGGUGCCUACGUUAUUCAAUCAGAAGCGGGUGACUGGGACCCGAAGACCCAUGAAGGAAUUGAGUACCUCUUCAAUGUGCCAUUUGCACCCAAAAACCUCCAGACCCCAGAAAUGCUCGUCCGAAUCGCUGAGCUUCAUCAAACACUAAAGAUCAAGCAGGAGAAGAUUACUCCCUUGGAAUUUACCAUUCCGGGAUACACCUGGGCGCGGAUUGUUGAACUCUCCUACAAGGGGAAGGAAUUUGUGAUGGUAGUGCGUCCGGUUGUCUUCGAUGAAUACAUUGAAUCGCCAGGCGACACUAAAGGUCCUCGGCGAAGAACGAGCACUUCCUCGUCCCGAGCGGGUUCACCCAGUGGACGGGGCAACACGAAGCAACGCUCUCGUUCUGCCAAACCUUCACUUACUCCACGACACAAGACACUCACCUUUAAGUGCCUCAACGCCGAACUCGCCAAGCGGCUCUACAACGUAGUUGUUGACCACCACGCUUUCUUCAGACUUCGAGCUAAUGGCGAACCAAGACGCUACAAUCUGCAGCCCGGUUUUAGCACAAGGAAGUAUCACUACAAUAGCCGUCCGCAAAUAUUUGACGACAACGAGUCAACUGUCUGGACAUUGAAUAAGGAUGGAGGACUGCCUCCCACUAACAGUAUUAGGCGGGUUGCUGCCCAGCGAAAACCGGAUCAAUAUGCUAAAUCUCUUGUGACUCUGAUGACUCCAGUUGCUCCUAGGAAAGAAAACCAUUUUCGAGCUCCCUGUGCCAGUAUAGAAGACGAGGAAGGUAUCAAAAAUGAAUUCCAGAGUCCUGUAAACACCAUUGGACCGCACGAGUCCUCCGUUCUAAUGGAGGAGUCCUACGCCCCGGUCAAAUCUGCCCCAAAAGUUCCAACCGGUUGGACUCCACUGGUUGAACGGCAGGUACAGCAGGUUCACCUAAUGGCGCCACCCCCGGUUGUGUCGCCAAAGCACCCGAGACCUCAGCUUUCCAAGGAGCACUGGCAGAUGUCUCCCGCCGACUGCACACAGGGUCUUGGCAUGGACCUACAUGGAACCGACGUGGCUACCAUGAUGGAUGCAGGGUGGCAGGGAAGCCGCACGAACAGAGGAGUCAAGGGACCGGGCUCUUACUACUACGAGGUGAUAGUUCUUGAAGACGGCGAUGUCCGCGUGGGAUGGUCGGUUAACGAUGCCUCUUUGUUGCUCGGAAUGGACGAUCGUGGCUACGGAUACGGAGCCGCCGAAAAUGGCAAGAAAAAUAUCAAAAUUUAUUGUGACGGAUCCCUCGUGAAACAGUCAACCAUGGGUCGGCUAGUGCACAACGGCAAGGCUUACGAGAUGGGCUUUCCAAUCCAUGUUUCCGACGUGCUUGGGUGCUUCCUACAGCUGCAGGAGGAUGCCGAUGGGGGAGGACUGGUGGGGAAUGUCAUGUGGUCCCACAACGGCCAACUGGUUACGUCUCCACACGCCAAUCUAGUUCGAAUUCCACCCGAGAUCGCAAAUGAGAAUGCCUUCUUCCCAACCGUGUCCCUACGCGAUGCCCGUGUGGCCCUCAACUUUGGCGAAAUACCCUUCGUUCACUCGCCGGAGCAGAUUUCGGGAGGUCGCGUUCAGUGGACGGCGCCAGUCCACGCACCACUGGAGCGCACCGUGCACAACGUGAACGCGGGCUGGCGAAUUAACCAAUUCGACACGACCUCCACCCUCAACCUUGUUGUCUCCGAAGAUGGUCGGAUGAUACAGACUAAGGACACAAACGAAUGGCAAGGUUUUCGGGCAAAUAGAGGUGUUUUCGAGGCUGGCAAAUACUACUACGAGACUGAGAUAGUAGAGGACAGCGGAUUCGCUCGUUUCGGUUGGUCUCUUCCAGGUGGAAACCUCCAGCUAGGCGCAGACAACCUCGGCUACGGCUUCGGCCAUGCGCCCGACGGCAGCCCAGCCAAAAAGGUCUUCAAUGGCGAAGUGGAGAAUUACGGGACAAGGAUAAGAGUGGGAGACGUCGUGGGAUGUUUCCUCGACCUUGACAAUGGCUUUAUUCAGUGGUCGGUGAACGGCGAAAUGCUGCCACCAGCCUACUACAUGGACUCCUCCUUCAUCUCCCACCCGAAGACCAUUUUCUUCCCCUCUGCCUCUCUCUUUUGCACCACCCUCGAGGUCAACUAUGGCGACCGACCAUUCAAGUACCAGCCCUCGGAGGAAUGGUAUCCUCUCUUUGCUGCAGCGGAUCAAUAUGUUCAGGACUCCCUCAAGUGGCCCCGUGGUCUCAAUGGUGUUCUUCAGCUCCACGCAACGACAGAGCGUGUGGAGAGUGAUAUUCACCUGGCCGAAGUAACAAUAACAGUCAAUGAAAAGGACCCCGUCGUGCUCUCUCACCAGCCUCCUGCCGGUAGCCACGAGGAAGCCAUGGGUGACCAUGAAGACGAGGAGGAGGAGGAGGAGGAAGACGAGGAGGAGGAUACGGUGAUUUGCGCGGCCUCGGACGCCGAAACGGCCGCCUCGCGUGACCACGCGAACGAUGGGCGGCGGCGACGGCCGCGAAAGACCUCCGCCGAGACCCGACUCGACUCUACGAAGGUGCAAACCGAAGAGGGUGAUCCAGAGGUGACCGUGGAGUAUUAUACGAACGAAGAAGGCCAGAGGGUGAAGAGGAUCAUUCAGAAGCACCGCAAAGUCAUCACUACCAUCCGCAAUGAAUCCGUUGAGCGGUUUGAAACCACGCGAGUUUUUACAAGCUCCAGUCAAGACGGCUCGAACCAACCGUCACCGUCAGAGGGCUCAAAUGUAAAUGAAGAUGAAGCUUUGAAUAAGGCCAUCCACGAGACCACCAAGUUGGACUCGGACACCUUCGUAGUCAAUGGGUCAAGCGAUAUCCGAUCUGACUCAGCACCAACCAUCCCAGUGGUCGAUGCAAACAGGACCGCUUAG